AUGCCAGUCCCUGUUGGAGCUAUGCCUGGAGGUGGCGCACAUGGCCCCUCCACGCUCGACAAGCUGAAGAUGGGUGGCAUGAUGGGUGGAUCUGUCGGUCUCAUCAUUGGCUUCAUCUUCGGUACCUUCACCCGCCAAUGUCCAUCGACGUCAUUCAUGCUCAUCACACUAGGCUUCACAAACAUUGUCCGAUUCGGUCCCGGGCCAAAUGGCAUGCUGCGAACACUCGGGCAAUACAUGAUGGGAUCUGCCGCGACAUUUGGCUUCUUCAUGGCCAUCGGCACAACCAUCCGCACAGACAGCUCCCCAAUCGUUACGCAAGCCUUCGGCAGCAUCAACAGCCGCCCUACCAUCCUGUCUCGACAGUACCAGAACAUGAGGGCCGCUCGCGCAGAGAAUAACUAG